AUCUCAUGACGUUGGCUGCAAGUCCAUAGCUGACCCACAGGUCACCACGCAAGCUCCAGCACACUUUGGGAUUCCUUCACCUUGCGUGUAUUUUCCUCCUUUACACGUGCCUGGAACUGUCCUUGGUGCCGAAACCUGCCUUCUUGACCUGUUGUGCAGAAUUUUGCAAACUUAACUUGGAUGUGGGGUGAUGGGGAAGGUGUGAUGGCAUUCAGAUGUUCUUCAAGCAGACCUUUGGAUGUGUGUGUGCACUGCUGAUGGUGCAGUGGAGAUGUGAAGAAGGAUAACUUGCCCACAUGAAUGUCUCCUUCGCAUACUCACGGCUGAGGAGGAAGACAAGGGAUGUUGUUGACGAUCUCCCCCAAAAAGAGUUAUUGGCCACGGGAAAUGUUUCUGAUCGGCCUUUUGAUAGCUCUGCGGGAAUCCAUGGCAGUACCAACCCCUACAGCUGAGGAUAUAAACCGAGGAGUUGAUUGGCUGACUAAAUUUGGCUAUCUGCCCCCACCUGAUCCUGUUACAGGACAAUUGCAGACUCAGGAGGAGCUCUCUAAAGCAAUCAAAGCAAUGCAAGAGUUUGGUGGACUGAAAGCCACUGGACUUUUGGAUGAAGCCACCUUAGAAUUGAUGAAGACUCCUCGCUGUUCUCUGCCUGACCUGUCCCACACAGAUGCAACCAGAAAAAAACGAAGUGUCCUGCCAGUGACAAAGUGGAAUAAGAGGAAUCUGUCCUGGAGAGUUAGAACAUUUCCUAAAGAGUCAACAUUAGGUCAUGAUACCGUUAGGGCACUGAUGUAUUAUGCCCUUAAAGUGUGGAGUGACAUCACCCCAUUGAACUUCCAUGAAGUAGCGGGGAAUAAUGCAGAUAUUCAAAUUGACUUUUCGAGGGCUGACCACAAUGAUGGCUACCCUUUUGAUGGACCUGGUGGAACAGUAGCUCAUGCUUUCUUUCCCGGUGAACAUCACACCUCUGGGGAUACGCACUUUGAUGAUGAAGAAUUAUGGACCUUCCGAUCAUCAGAUAUUCACGGCAUGGAUCUGUUUGCCGUGGCAGUGCAUGAGUUUGGCCACGCUAUCGGACUGACUCAUAUAUCUGACAUGGAAUCAAUAAUGAGGCCUUAUUACCAAGGACCAGUGGGUGACCCUCUGAAGUAUGAUCUGCCCUACGAUGAUAAAGUUAGAAUAUGGCAAUUGUAUGUUUCCUACAUGGCUUCUAAUCCUUCACCCUCUCUCACCCCAGGAGUCCGAGAGUCUGUGUCCCCUACAGCAAAGCCAGAAAUAUCCAGAGCUGAAGAUCAUCCAUUUCUGCCUGAUCUGCCAGAGAACCGCUCUACCAUACAACCAAGGAAAGAUGAGCCUGACAGAUGCAACACACAUUUUGACGCUGUAGCUCAGAUCCGUGGAGAAACCUUCUUUUUCAAAGGGAAAUAUUUCUGGAGACUUGCAAGGAAUAAGCAUUUGGUCUCCCUCCAGCCAGCCCAGAUCCAUCGUUUCUGGCGGGGACUACCUCUCAACAUGGAUAGUGUGGAUGCUGUUUAUGAGAGAACAACCGAUCAUAACAUUGUCUUCUUUAAAGGAGAUCGGUACUGGGUUUUCAAAGAUAAUAACGUGGAGGAAGGAUACCCUCGUCCAGUCACAGACUUUGGAUUGCCUCUGGGGGGUGUAGAUGCUGCCUUCUCCUGGUCCCACAAUGAUAAAACAUAUUUCUUUAAGGAUAACCAUUUCUGGUGCUAUGAUGACCACAAGCACAGAAUGGAUGAAGGUUAUCCCAUGGAGACCACAAUGUGGAGGGGUAUCCCAAGCACCCUGGAUGAUGCUAUGGGUUGGUCUGAUGGUUCUAUAUAUUUCUUUAAAGGAAGAGAAUACUGGAAAGUGGUUGAUAGUAACAUGGAGUCUGAGCAAGGCUACCCACAACCCAUUGCAAGAGACUGGCUGGUAUGCAGUGACAUGCAGGCAGAUGGUCCAAACUCUGAAAGCAGUAGAACUGGUGCCCGUCCGAGACAAGGGCUGCAGGAUGAAAGCAGAUCAGAGAAUGGGUAUGAGGUCUGUUCUUGUACAUCGUCAGCAGACUCCCUCUGUAUCAACAGAUCUACUGAGUUCGCACUGACUCUGACAAUAAUCACAGCAGCCUUGGUAACGUUCCUAUGAUGGUGUAGCAAGACUCUCCUUUGAACAAGAGACUAAUGGGUCCAUCAAAAUGAUCCCACCAGAGCCACACUUAUGUUGGCCAAACAUUCCGAGGAACUUGGAAGUGAAAGAUACCAAAUUCUCCAUGAGAAAUCAAGUUUUUUUUUCUUUUUAAGAUGUCCUGUAAACCAGUGCUCUAAUUAUUGGAAAAGGCAAAGGGAACUACUCCAUGAGCCAAUAUACAGAAUUGAGAAGCCUCAGUGAAAGCAGUGAAUAGAGAAAA